UGUUUACUUCUUCCUCAAUUCCUUGGAAUUGAAUGCUAAAGCCUCGCCCAUCCCAUCUCCUUUGCUAUACUUGUCUUUCUCGCUCUCUCAACCUUGUCAUUCCUCCAUCUUCUUCUUCAUUUUCUCCCUCUUCUAAGUGCCAUUUCUUUCGCUCCAAACCCCUCUCUCUUUCCUCUUUAAACCCUUACUCCAAUAUGUCUUCUCGCCCCUCCGCCUUCGAUGCUCUCAUGUCCAAUGCUCGCCGUUUAGCUGGCGAAAAGAGUCCUCACUCCUCUUCGCCCACCAAGAAACGCAAAUCCAAAACCAUCGACUCAACUGAAGUCAAACCCGACCCAGAAGUCCCCAGUGGUGGAAUUCAAAAACCCAAUUUAGAUGAGACGAAGAAACCCCCGGAUUUGAAGAAGAUGAAACCGGGGAGUGCCUCGGAGAGAAAUGUGGAGUUGAAAGGGAAAAUUGCGCUAUUGAAGAAGAAGCCGGCGGAUUUUGAUCCAAAAAUGGUGGUGUGUUGGGAGAAAGGAGAGAGGGUUCCGUUUUUGUUUCUGAGCCUGGCGUUUGAUUUGAUAUCGAAUGAGACGGGUCGGAUUGUGAUAACUGAUAUUGUUUGUAAUAUGUUGAGGACUGUUAUUGAUACCACACCGGAUGAUUUGGUGGCGACGGUUUACCUGGCAGCAAAUAAGGUUGCUCCGGCGCAUGAGGGGAUAGAGCUGGGAAUUGGAGAUGCCUCCAUUAUCAAGGCCCUGGCUGAGGCCUGUGGAAGGACUGAAUCACAGAUCAAGAGUCAGUACAAGGAAAGAGGAGACCUGGGCCUUGUUGCACAAGCUAGUCGUUCAUCCCAAUCGAUGAUGCGCAGGCCUGAUUCAUUAACUGUUGUCAAAGUGUUUGACACCUUUCGGCUAAUUGCUAAGGAAUCUGGAAAGGACAGUCAGGAAAAGAAAAAGAAUCGUAUCAAGGCACUUCUUGUUGCUGCAACUGACUGUGAACCUCUGUUCUUGAUUCGUCUACUUCAGAUAAAGUUGCGGAUUGGGUUUUCAGAUCAGACUCUGUUAGCUGCGCUAGGACAGGCUGCAGUAUAUAAUGAACAACAUUCUAAACCACCUCCAAACAUUCAGUCUCCAUUUGAGGAGGCUGCCAAAAUUGUCAAACAAGUUUUUUCUAUCCUCCCAGUAUAUGAUAAAAUAGUCCCUGCACUUUUGACUGGCGGUAUAUGGGAUCUUCGAACGACUUGUAGCUUUACACCGGGUGUCCCAAUUGGACCUAUGCUAGCAAAACCUACCAAAGGUGUUGCUGAAAUUGUAAAUAAAUUCCAGGAUACUGACUUUGUAUGUGAAUAUAAAUAUGAUGGAGAACGUGCACAGAUUCACUACAUGGAGAAUGGUUCAGUUGAGAUAUAUAGUCGAAAUGCUGAGAGGAACACAGGAAAGUUUCCUGAUGUUGUUUCUGCAAUUUCUAGAUUCAAGAAGUCCUCCGUAAAAUCAUUUGCUUUGGAUUGUGAGCUUGUUGCUUAUGAUCAAGUUCAAAAGAAAAUUUUACCCUUUCAGAUCCUUAGUACACGAGCACGAAAAAAUGUGGUAGAGAGUGAAAUCAAAGUUGACGUGUGCAUAUUUGCUUUUGACAUCUUAUAUCUUAAUGGGCAAUCACUUCUUCAUGAACAGCUUAAAGUUCGGAGAGAGAGGCUUUAUGAUUCAUUUGAUGAAGAAGCUGGAUUUUUUCAGUUUGCAACAGCCUUAACAUCAAAUGAUCUUGAGGAGAUUCAAGCUUUCCUUAAUUCUGCUGUUUCUUCAAGUUGUGAGGGUUUAAUUAUCAAAACAUUGGAUAGAGAUGCUACGUACGAGCCAUCAAAGCGGUCACUCAACUGGCUAAAAUUGAAGAAAGAUUACAUGGAAAGUAUCGGAGACACAUUAGAUCUCGUACCUAUUGCUGCUUUCCAUGGCCGUGGGAAACGGACUGGCGUCUAUGGUGCCUUUCUCUUGGCAUGUUACAAUGACAGUAAUGAAGAGUUCCAGAGUAUCUGUAAAAUUGGUACAGGAUUUUCUGAAGCACAACUUGAAGAAUGUUCUGCCAGUCUCCGCUCUAAAGUGAUUCCUGAACCAAAGUCAUACUAUCGUUGCGAGAUAAAGCCAGAUGUUUGGUUUGAGGCUUCAGAGGUUUGGGAGGUAAAAGUUGCAGACUUGACCAUUAGCCCUGUUCAUUGUGCUGCUAUUGGGAUUGUGAAUCCUGCUAAGGGUAUAUCUCUCCGGUUUCCCCGUUUAGUUCGUGUUCGAGAAGAUAAGACACCAGAGCAAGCUACAUCAUCAGAGCAGGUGGCUGAGAUGUAUAAUGCUCAAAAACACAAUCAAACUAAUAAUGAAGACGAUGGUGAGGAUGAUUGAGGAAUUCUGAUAAGCCUCAAUAUUUUUCCUACCCGGGUAGGUGAAUUGCGAUAAUUUAAUGUGUGAAGGGGACUGUUAGUCUCCAGUUUCUAAACCUUGCAGUGUAAAUACAGAUUUUCCUAUUCUCGGUUGCAAUCAAGAAAGUUUCUAUUGCUGGAUAGGCUAAUUUCUUUGCCAAUUUUCUGGAAAGCUAAAGGCUGCCGAUUUUUCAAUGCAAUUUGCUGCCUAUAUUGAAAAA